AUGUUCAGUUUUAUAAAUAAGCCGGACACAGUCGGUGGGGAAAAUUAUGAUGACUCGGAAACAGAUGGAUCAAUAAUUAGCGAAACAGAGAUCCGUGCAACAUUUAACAAUGAUAAUCAUGUUGAAGAUAUAUCAUUUCAAACUAUACGUGAUGUGUUUAAUUCGACUGAAACAGCGCAGGCACGUAAUCAUGAAAAACGACGCAUAAUUGAAGAUUUUCGUACGAAACCAUUUGAAGAAUUAAAAUUGCGUGUCAAUGAAAAACAACGUCAAGUUGAUCAACGUAUAGGACAAUUAUUGAACGUUCUCUAUUUAUCAAAAGAUACAUUACCACCACCACCACCAACAACAACAACAAAUGGAAUAAAAUCAAAUAAUAUCACAACUACAAGCAAUGGAACAUCAAAAUUUAAUAAUAUAAAUAGUUUUAAUUAUCCAGAAUUGUUUACUUAUUAA